UUCAUAAUGCAUCCUAAGGAAAUAGAACGAGUGUUCUGUACUCAUUUUCUUAAAGUAAACUGUACACACACAUGGCACAAAACGACUGACAGUCGUACAUGUAUAUCGGGCAUGUCGGGGAAAGAGUUCCAUAUUUUAGCGGACAACGCUGUGCAGAAACGUGACCAGGUUUCUGUAAUCAGCACUGUAGAUACUGCCCAUGAGGACAUGAUUCAUGAUGCCCAGAUGGACUACUAUGGUAUUCGUCUGGCAACCUGCUCAUCUGACCGCUCUGUUAAAAUCUUUGAUGUCAAAGGAGGGCAACAAACACUGGUUGCGGAUCUCAGAGGACAUGAGGGACCUGUUUGGCAGGUUGCUUGGGCUCAUCCAAUGUUUGGUAACAUCCUGGCAUCGUGCUCCUAUGAUCGCAAGGUUCUGAUCUGGAAAGAGAGUAACGGCGUUUGGGACAAACUCUUUGAACACAGCAACCACGAUUCAUCUGUAAAUUCUGUCCAGUGGGCACCCCAGGAAUUUGGUCUGGUACUGGCUUGUGCUUCAUCGGAUGGCUCUGUCUCUAUACUCUCGUACACCGAUGGUAAAUGGGAGUCACAGAAGAUUAAAGACGCACAUGCAAUUGGCUGCAAUGCAGUGAGUUGGGCACCAGCUGUUGAGCCUGGUUCCCUGAUAGAGCCUCCCUCCACACAGAAGCUGGUUCCUGUCAAGAGAUUUGUGACAGGAGGCUGUGAUAACCUGGUCAAAAUAUGGAAGGAGGAGAAUGGCGAAUGGCGAGAAGAACACAAGCUGGAGGCACACAGUGACUGGGUACGAGACGUAGCUUGGGCACCCUCUAUUGGUCUACCUCAUAGUACGAUAGCCAGCUGUUCGCAGGACGGGCGAGUCAUAAUCUGGACCAGUGAUGAAAGCACCGGCACGGCGUGGACACCUAAGAUCUUAAACAAAUUCAGUGAUGUUGUAUGGCAUGUGAGCUGGUCAGUGACAGGAAAUAUCUUGGCUGUGUCGGGAGGAGAUAAUAAGGUGAGUCUUUGGAAGGAGUCUCUAGAAGGCCAGUGGGUCUGCGUCAGUGAUGUGAACAAAGGGGAGGGACAGAGCUCCACCCCCACAGAUGCACAACCAGAACAGUGAAGGAAAAGUCAUUGUGGGCUUAGGGUAAAGGAAGGCAGCCAAGUUAGGCUGGCAAGUGGAACUGUAGUUUUGUAAGCUGCCCAAAGUCACUGCCGCAGUAGCUUGCUGUGGGUGAGUAUGCAAAGUAUGGACAUUCCUGGGCUACUGAAUUUUCCAUUUUAUGUGCUUUUGAAAUUUUCUGUUUGAACUGAAAAUUCAAAGUGACUUUUUAGUUUGCCUUUUUUAAGAAACUUAUUCAGUACCGUUGCAUUUUCUGUUUGUUUUUACUGUUCACGUAAGCUUCAAAAACAGUUGGUUUAUGUGGCCACGUUUGUUGUUUAUGAAUAACUCCAUAUACAGCUUGUUGCUUUUGAUGUAGUUUGUGAUAAGUGCUAUUCCAUGGUACAGUUUCUUUUUUCAGUUAUGUGAAAAUUGAGGUACAACUUUUUGCUUAUUGUAUUUGCUGCUUUGAAUGUAAUAUCAAUCAAGGUUUGGCCAAAAUCUCCUGCAUCGUGUACUGGUCUUUCAUUAGAAAGUUCCUAGAAUACUUCUUGGAUGACCACUUGCCAGCCUAAUAAAAUUUAAGUUUAAAACAAUGGGGAUGUGUACAUAGGAUGAUUUAUUGGGUUAAGUUAGUUUGAUUUAGGAUGUUGAAUUUUGGGGGUGAAAGAAAGGCAUUUCUUUCCUGCACCUGGUUUUAAUACAGGUGCCACAUGUCAUCAGAUGUGACAGUUUUCAAGUCUCCAUAUUUAAUAUUUACUGUACGAAAUGAUUUCGUGUAGUUUGAAAUAUUUUGUGCAGUAAAGAUUUUCAGUCAUACUCCCAGCUAGAAAUUUAAACGUCAACCUGAAAAUGUCGAUAUUCUUCAUUAAGUUUGUGUAACAUUUUGGUUCAUUCCGUGUUAUGUGGUUGAUUUUUUUUAAUGUCAGUGUCUUAAAGUCCCAGUGUAUAUGUAUUUAAAGAUUAAAAUUGAACUUUGCAGAGGAAUGACA